AUGGUGGCAGUGGCCGUGGCUUCGGUCUCCGCCUCCACCACCGAUACGUACGUCUCCACCCCCUCCACCGCCCACAAGGCCUCCUCGUCCAUGGUUGCCACCGCCAUUUCCAUUUGUCACCACCUCCUCCAACACCUCCACCACCCACACCUCCUCCGCCGCCACCUCCUCCACCACCCACAUCUUCUCCACCCCCGCCACCUCCACCACCUAGGAACCCUCCUCCUCCUCCUCCCCCGCCACCUUCACCGGUUAAUAGGCCUCCCCUGCCGCCGCCUCCGGUUAAUAGGUCUCCACCACCACCAUCCCCCAGGGUCAGAUCUCCUCCUCCUCCUCGGCGUGGAGACGACUAGGGAAUGCACGUGCUUUAUCACUCGCAAGGAUAUGGACACAAUAAACAUCAAGAAUAAGGGGACGCUCAAGGUCCCUGGUGAAAGGAUAGCUCCUAAUAAAACAUUAAGUAAGAUUAAAAAAAAAACUAGUAUUGUCAUUACAUAAUCUUCGAGGCAAUCGUCCCGACUCACUUAUCUUGGCUUUCAUAUGAUAUUGCU